UUCGUGCACUAUCGUGUGCGGUGUGCGUGUCAUGACUGGUCAUGACUCAUGACUACCGACUGGUCAUGACUAUCAGUUCUGAAUAACAUUAAUAAAUAUAAAUACUUUUGGAAUUUUAUCUGAAAAAUAAUGUAUAGAUUUAUGUAUUAAUUAUAUAAUAAAGUACACUUUUUUUUAACAACAAUGUAUUAUAAAAAUGUGUUAAUAAAUUGAACAAGACGAGACUACAAAGGUUAUGUGAUAACCUAUAACCUAUAACGUGCAAUACGUAACCAAAUUAUUUCAAACUUUUUGUAACGUUAAAUAAUUCGUUUGUUUUUUUAUAUUGUUACGAUGAAAAUAAAUAUGUUUUCGGAUCUCUGCGGGCAGGGCAGAGUUUGGAAAAACCUUAAAAUAAACGAUGAGACAGAUCAUAUAAUCUGUCUUACAAAGGAAAAUGAGUCGUGGAAAGUUCUUUUAACAAAUCUAAUAGAAAUUUGGACGGAGACUCUGACAAACGAAACUAUGUUUCACAAAUGUCAGACCAUGAAUCCUCUUUUAAACCUUGAAGUUUUUGACUGGAAGCAACUGGUAUUGGAUAUGUUAAAUGAUAUCCCUCAAUACGUGCACACAAACGUUUUAGAAGUUACUACAUAUCGAAUAGAGCUGCGGCGGAAAAACAAAGAUUUCGGUAAAUUGAAAUUCUCGUUGGAUCUUCUCAAAGGAACACCGCAGCAGUUUUGGGAGAGUGUGACAGUGCCUCUCUGCUUGUCGUCAAGGGAACUGAUUCGCCGGCACGAGCUUCUGCUGGAUCUGAUGAAACAGAAGGAUGAAGAGAUCGCGGAGUACAAAGCGGGAGGCGCACAGUUAAUUAGGAAAUAUAUCGCUACGAAGCCAUUCAGCGAAGAAUUGUUUCACAUUGAUGCUGCUGGAUCGACUGCAAGCGAUUUCGUAAAGACUUUCCAGUCUGUGCUUCAUUUUUACAAUGAAAUAAACUUGCCAAAAUCACACGUAAAACUAGAGUCUGAAAUGUCUUCGAACAGCGCAAGUGGCACUAAUGGUACAAAGAUUGAUGGAAAUGUUCUUCCCAAUUCGUCAGGAAACGAGUCUAUUCCGGAGCUCAAACAAGAAUUGGAUAAUGAACAAGAGCAUUCAAAAGUUGAGGAAUGUAAGGCAGGUCCUUCUUCCAGCAAGGCUCCAAUUUUAAGAAUAAGUAGCACAUCUCACACGAUACAUAAGCUGAAAAAGAAUAAGAAAACUUUGAACGAUUUCAUAAUGUAAAAUAUUAAGUUUUAUUAAUUAAUAACCCAAUAUUAUACUGCAUUAUGCCAUUAUGAAAUUAAGUACUUGGAUUUUAGUUUUGUGUUAUCUAUAUUAUCUAUUGUGUGAUAUGUGCUACAUGUGUGAUUAAUGCUAGUUAUUUACACCGAAAAAUACUAAAGAAUUAUAACCAAUAUAUAAAAAUAUAUAAUACACAAGAAUUAUAAAUAAUAUAUAAAUAAGUUUAGAGCCAAAGUCUAAAAGUUUAAGGAAUAUAAGACUCACGAAAAUGAAAUAAGACAUGGAGAGAAACAUCAGUUAUCUAAAAUAAAAUUUAAUGAAAAAUAAGAGCAUUUGUAUGCAUGUCCAGCAGUUUAUCUGGUAUUCUAUUGAUGUAAAUUAUAUUUUAAUGACAAAAAUGUGAGAUAUAGUUUUAUAAUCGUUAGAACUGUAUUGUAACUCUAAAACUAAUAAAUAAAAGAAAAAAUGAAAAAAAA